GAUCUUUCCCGACGGCGAGAGCGAGGACUGCAGCGAAGCCGGCAGCUCCAGGCCAACCACCGUUGGUAACCGCCCAAGGAUCCCGGCUGCCAGAAGUUUCGCGGGCCAGGAUGCGUCGCUCCGGCCCAUGACGUCUCCCUAUGAGGUGGGCAGCGCGCUGACGCCGCUGCAUGAGGCCCAUGAGGCCCCGCGCCGCGCAGCUGCAGCCCGCACCGGAUUCGCGGUAGCCAAUUUCGCCAAGAAGCUUCAGGGAAAGGGCAAGAAGAGCCCAGCGUCAUCCAGCGCCUCCGGUUCGAGCACCGGCUUUGUGCAGCUGCCGCCGCUGGAGACCAGGUCCAAGACCCCGAAGCUGCCUGCGCUGCAAGAGAAGCAUGAGGCAAUGGAGGUGACUCGGGCCGAUGCCGUGUCCCAGCAGCCUCUGGUCUUGGGCAUCCGAAGAGGCGGCAAGCCGGGCAAGCCCGACCCGGGAUGAGGGGCGUGCCCUCAGAGAGCUCGACUGAUCAUUUUAGUUCGAUUUGUUGCUUGUGUGUUUCUUAUUCAUUUGAUCAGCCCUGAUCGAGUUUGUUUUGUUCCCUUUGUACAUUUUCAGAUUUCAAGCACCCUCGGCUCAGCCGGGAGUGGCACAGUUAACGCCGCCGUGGCCGUCUCACCGACGGGCAUGUGCGUUUGCGAGCGACACUCUGUGCUUGAAACUUGGAGCCAGAGGUUCGCCUGCGCCCUGAAGCAGGGGCCAGUAGUCCAUCGGUGGUCAAGUGCCGAAAAAAGCCGGCACUCCGCGUCACAGGCACGCUGUUUCUCGUUGUCCC